AUUAAUAGAUGUCAGCGAGGUCGCGAGAGACGAAAGUUCCCACAGUCGUGUAGUGGAAUGUAGGGUAUCGCAAAUCAGAACCAUGCCAUGACUUGGGUUGGAUUUGUGGGGACGAAUUAUGCGUCUUUCAUUACGAAGUGCGGUGAAAUUGACCGCUUUCGUUGUCUUUAUUUUAUUUGCGAACAUUUUACUUUUUGCGCAUUAUGACGAGCUCGCUGAUGCUUAUCGGGGAAAAGUUGGUGACAGUCCUUCGAAAGUCCAAGUCAACAAUGGCGGAAACCAAAGACCUGUUGAAGAUGGAUUUAAGAACAUUGACUUCCAUAGAAAGCAAAGAAGUGCAAAGUCUAUUCCCGAGGAGGUACAGAAGGCUGUUAACGCUGGCGGAGUGACAAGAAAUGGAGUGCUCGACAACAGAUUGCUUUUCAAACAUCGUCAACACAGGCGGACAGAACUUUCUGACAUUUUCAUCAGUGUAAAAACUUCAAAAAAGUACCACGAGUCACGCGUUGGAGUCAUCUUAAAAACAUGGUUCACUUUAGUCAGAGAGCAGACAUAUUUCUUCACAGACUCAGAGGAUAAAAACUUUCAAGACAGAACAGGUGGACAUAUGAUAAAUACUAACUGCUCAUCAACUCAUAAUAGGCAAGCAUUGUGCUGUAAAAUGGCCUUGGAAUAUGACACAUUUAUGGACUCAAAUAAACGAUGGUUCUGCCAUGUCGAUGAUGAUACCUAUGUAAACAUUCCACAACUGCUGAAGCUGCUGCAGGGCUACAACCAUACCCAGGACUGGUACCUAGGCAAGCCCAGCCUCAGACACCCCAUAGAGAUCAUGGACAGAGAUCACCCUGGGCAAAAACUGGCAUACUGGUUUGCAACCGGAGGGGCUGGGUUCUGUAUCAGUAAGGGCCUCGCCCUCAAGAUGAUGCCACACGCCAGCGGAGGUCGUUUGAUGACUGUUGGCGACAAAAUCCGUCUUCCUGAUGACUGCACCGUUGGCUACAUCAUCAACUAUAUACUAAAGAAGGACCUGACUGUAAUCGAUGGUUUCCAUUCUCACCUGGAGGCUCUGUGGCUCAUCAGAUCAAAUGACCUACUCAAACAGAUCACCUUCAGCUACUCCCAGUACAGCGGCAAGAUGAACGUCGUCAACGUCCCUGGUCUCAGUGACCAGGAAGAUCCAACCAGAUUCCGAUCACUCCAUUGUUACCUCUUCCCAACAUUCAGAGAAUGUAAAGACAUCUCUUCAUGAUACUGAUUGGUCAGAAGAGAGGAUAACGUGAUAUAAGGCAGCUGCUGAUUGGUCAACUACAUACAAGGUGCUACAAGGCAGCAAACAUCACUCUGGGUCCAAUGAAGUCUGUGAAUAGCAACAACCAACUGUGAUAUUAAAGGGAGAUAACUCUGUCUAAUCUUUCCACACCAUACAAGGGCAAAUGAUUGAGACAAUGGUGUGGAGAAUAGUCCUGAUUAUGAAAGCUACAGUUCUGUAUAGUGUACAAAUAGUUAUACAAUUUGGUAAACUUUCAAGAAUAUGAUUUGUAUGAAGUACAAAGUCACAUAGGCCUUAUGAUUUUAUAUAGAUUCCAAGAUAUGUCUUGCUUGAUAAAGGUAUAAGGAUCCAUUCCGAAACGUCACCUUUACAGUAAUUAUUGAAGUUGUUAGCAUAAAUUUUGUUUACUUUGACUUGAAUUUAGUCUUCCAACUGUGGUCAGUGAUUUCAGAUUCGGCUUCCACAGACUUUCUUUAACGAUGGCAUUAUGCUGUCAGCCUGAUUCAUCAUACCAAAGAAUAAAUGAUUUGUUCAGAAAUUCAUAUCUUGAUAGUCGUGAUUGGUAGAAGUAUGGUAGUUUCUUUUCCAGCACAAUCUGUUGAUGAGAUUUUUAGUAUGAUGAAGACCUGUUCGUAACCUGCCGUCAUACACAUCACCUUUGUACAGAGAUAUAUACUGUAUCUGGGUAGCUGUUAUAGCCCUUCAUAGUAGACUAUCCUGUCUGGAUAUAUUCAGACAGUCUCAUUCACAGCAGUUUUAACAAGGGCACUAGAGGCCUGCACAGGCUUAAAAUACUUUUGAAUGUUUUCAGAGGAUAUUUUGUGGAAAAAGUAUGAAUAGAGAAACACAAGGUAAAUUCCCUGUGGGCUCUCCAAAUCACACAGAACAUAACUGAUUUUGAAACUGCAGGUGUGUAAUCUGUAAGAAAUCAUUGCAUGUCCAGUUCUUUGAUCAGUUUUCACAGAAAUAUCUGUUUUUGAAUUACCAUACCAUAUUAUACACUGGGUCCAAUGUUGUUUAAAACGUUUCAGAUUUGUUAUUAUGUACAUAUGUUUGUUGUCAUCUGUAUUUGGAGAUAUAUAUUUGUUUAUUUUACUACAAAUUUAGGUAUCAUUCCAAAUCUGUAGAUGUAUUUUCCAUAUUCUUUGUGUUAGAUUGAUCUCUGUGUGCCAAUAACUUUUGUACAUUCAAUACAUCAGUUCUUCCAUUGUAAAUGCAUAAAUAUUACUUCCUCGCUUCUGUUUAACAUUAAAGAAACACAAUGCUUCAUUAUUUCCAUAUGAAAUCAUGUGUAAAUGAAGUUUUGGUGCCACUUUGGCUGAUACCUUACUCUUGAUAUUUUUUGCAUGGAGAUAUGCCAUUGACAAAUUUGCAAAACAUUUGACACAAAAAGUGUUUCAAAACAAACGAUUAUCGCAUAACCCUUUAUGUACACCCCGAUGGACGACGAACCCUGGUAAGAAACUUUUUACUGCUCAAAUAAAGUAUUUUUCUACAUUGAAGUAGGUGUGUCUUCACUUGGUAUACAAUAUCAUGAAGGUUCCUGCUUGCUGAGGAUAAAGGAGACAAUAUCAAACCUAAAAAUAAAGAAAGCUUGAUCUUUUUGAUUGUAGUAGUGUAGAGAAUAAUUGCAGGACAAAAGAGAAUAUGAAAUAAGUCAGUCAUUGUCAGCAAUAAACGUUAAGUCCUGAAAGAAAAAAGUAGCUGUCUUCCUGAUAUACAGGGAUGAGAAUCCAUGGAUCCGCGAUUUUUUGUGACCACAAAUUUGUUAAAUUUCUAAUGGCUUUCCCCAUAAAUACCCCCACAUUAUGGACCACGUUCCAUUGCAAAGAUGUUCCAGCUGAAAAGGAAAUAUCCAUUCUCAAUAUCCAUUCUCAUCCCUGAAUAUAUCCCCUUUGGGGAAAACACCAAAGAACAAAUAAUCACUUUGUUGUGACAUUAGUGUAGACACUGAAUCCCGCACAUAAGGAAGUGAGACACAAUCCUACUUUUUGAUGUUCCCCCAAGUAAGCUCGUGUUAGUGAGGAUGCCACAUUGAUACAAAGUAUUGUUUGCUUCUCGGCAAUCUGUUUCAAAAUGGCAGUAUCAGCAGUUGUGUGCUGUAAGUGCACAUUUGACCAUACUUACUGUGUUUUAUCAGAUACCCUUACAUUAACCCAUUUGUUGAAGAUUCCAGCACCAAGCUGUUAUAUUUAGUCCAGUAUUUCUCUGUGUUUAAAACAAAUCAUCCUUGCUGACCAUGUUCUGUACAUACCUGUAUUCUAGACAGACCUAACCAAUGUGUAUAUUACCUCAUAUCUGAGCUGUGGCUACCAAGAUAUACAAGGAAAAGGCUCGGUUCCCUUCUGUCAAACUGGCUUUCUUCUUGUCGCCAUUGUUUUUCUUAGUGUGAAAAUAAUGGAAGUGUGUAUUGCCUGAUUGUAAAUAAAAUAUUGUUACAUUCUUCCAGCCCUGUGGGUGACCCACUGGCCGAAGUUACUACAAUUAUGUUGCGCAGAGUUGCCCCCCUUGGCCAUGUCCUACCCAUGGGUCCAAUCCUAGAGUCUCCCCAUUAUGAUCCGUGCAGUCAGAACUAUACCCCAGCGUUCGAAAUACCUGCCUGCCCGACCGUCCGAGACGGCUGUCGGAUGACUCGGGCUGUCAGAUUAUCAAAUCCCUCUGCCCGACAGUUGGGUUAUAUUUCAUAGGUGAAAAUAUUCUAAAUAUUUCUCGAUGAUAAGCAUUAAUUCACAUGUAAAGAUGAAUGAUAAAAUGAAACCAAAAAGAAACCCUGUUAGCUUUUAGACAACCUAACACUUAGCGAUG